AUGGCUGCCAUAAUGGAGUCUAUGAGAAUGUGUUACGCGUUACCAAUACGUGGAUUUCGGCGGUUACUCGAAGACACCACGCUACACGGCUAUAGACUCCCAGCGAAUACAACUGUGCUGAUAAACAACUGGUCAAUGCAUAUGGAUAAAGAACACUGGGGUGAUCCUGAAGUUUAUCGACCAGAACAUUUCAUUACUGAAACUGGACUACUUAGAGAGGAUGACGCAUUCUUGCCUUUUGGUCUUGGUCGACGUCGAUGUAUGGGGGAGCAGUUUGCAAAAAGUUUUUUAUUCCAAACUUUUGCUGGAGUCUUGCAAAAAUUUCAACUUGUUCCUGCUGAUGUUACUGACCUGGAGGCUACUGCUCUUGGGGGCUUUAAUCUUGCACCAAAAACUUAUGACAUCAUUUUCAAAUCUCGAUAACACUGCAAAAACAAUACAAAUGUACUUGUUUUCAUUAUUGUUGUAACAACUGAAACAUAAUAGACGAAUAUAUUUUAAUAAACUUAUUUCAGACUUAAUAA